AUGGCCCAGGCCCAGGCCAAAAAGUUCCAGAAGGCCAAAGCGAAGUUUUCGUGGGACGGGCGCCGGCUGGGCGAUGGGACUUUUGGAAUGGUCGUACCGGCUAAACAUAAAUAUUUGGGCGAUGUAGCCAUCAAAUUCUCGUUCCGCGUCGAGCAUGACGCGCUGUUGCACAAGGAAUUCGGGUUGCUGUCGACGGUCGGCCAGUUUCAUCCGAAUAUGAUUCGCGUGUAUGGGAUGGUUGUACACCCAAAUCGGCGGCAGAACGCCGUGCAGCCGGGCAUGGUGAUGGAGAUGAUGGGCGGCGGGGAUUUGGACAUCAUGAUCUACGAGGAGAAAUGGGACUAUGAUUUGGGGCAUAUCAUCAAUUGGAUGCAGCAGAUUUUACGAGCCCUUUGCCAUCUACACGCCAAUGAUAUUAUCCACCGGGACGUGAAGCCGAGAAAUAUUCUACUCUCCGAGGAUCAUUUCACGGUGAAGCUGUGCGAUUUCGGGCUGACGCGGCUAGAGCAGCACACAAUGACCCCGGCGCAGGGCUCGGCUUAUUGGUUGGCGCCUGAGUGUUUAAACGAGAACUACGACCGGAAAUCAGACGUUUUCGCCAGUGCUAUUAUCUUCUGGCAAUUGCUGUCGAGGAGAAAGCUUCACGACGAUCGUAAGGGAAAUCAUCUGCACGCAAUGAUGUGCGACAAAGAAUUGCGCCCACCGAGGAUCGAAUGCGAUGAUAAUAUAUGGGAGCUGAUCACAUCUGCGUGGGUGACAUCUACCGACGAUCGGUUGAGUUCCAAGGAAAUGCUGGGAGAGUUGCAGAAGCUUUCUACGGCAAAUCCGUGGCCUGGGCCGCUGGUUGAAUUCGGGACCUCGCCAUCCGUUGGUCCAUCGGUGAAUACAUCUAGGAGAGGAUCGGCGCAGAUUGUGGAGGUGAUCGAGGAAUCCGAGAGGAUGGUGAUGAUAUCGGAGGUGUUGCUCGACGGUUUGACUGGGAAAGCAUCGACGUCGUCAAAGAUGAUGUUCGAAAUGUCAACACAAACUAGCGAUGUUGAAGAACCCGAGCCCGAUGACCACGAUUUCCACAAUGAAGCGACAAUAAUGGCUACUAGCUGGAGGGUGGAGGAUACGAGGGAAGACUCACGACGAUCUGAUGCUCUAAUGGCGGAAUCUGGGAUUGGGGAUUCGCUGAGAGGACUCGAAGCGAGCACGAGAAGUGCCAUGGAUAUUGAUGGAGAAUCGGAACAGUUGACGAUCAUUGGGGAUAGCUGGCAGGAUGCAGAUGGUGUAAAGCCCGGGGAGCGUUCAGUUAGCCGUCACUCGUACUCCUGGGAUGUGAAUAAAGUGGAAGCGGUCAGCACCGAGGAGCUAGACGCAGAAAUUCGACGGGAGAAGCAGCUACAAGCACAAGCCUUAUUCGACGAGCUAGAAGAAUUGCGGCUGACUUGCGCCCUGCUUCAGUCCAGAAUUGACGCUUAUGAGGCGGUGGAAAAGGAAAGAAACGAGCAAGAAGAGGUCACGAAAUGCCAACUCGUUGCUGAUCAAACCGAGCGGGAGAGCGGCUUUUCGGAUGGUGCCGCGACACCGAUUGAGCCGAUUUUGGAAACACACUUCAACGAAAUUAUGCAAUUUAUGUUAGCAGGAGAGGCGGAUGGUGACAAAAUCCGGAUGCUCAUCAACUUUUUGGGCCACGUGCGGGGUGUGCUCGAUGAAAAUGUAUCGAUGGCGGGUUUGUUGUGUCCGGACGUGGGUCUGAUGGAGGAGUUGGAUGGGAUUGUGCGUGUCGUCUCUGGGAUAAUACGCUCCAACGCGGCGUUCAUCUACAAGAGGGCGAAGAAGAGGGAUGGCGCCGAUCCGGAGAGGUUCAGAGCCGGGUUUCUAAUCUGCCAGCACGAGAUUAGCCACCGCCCGCUGGCCCACGUCCAAAAACUGCUCGACCGCGAGAUUCAAGUGAUGGCCAAACAACGGCACCUGCAUGGGAAUGCCCAGCUCGGCAAGCUCUACCAGGCCAUGAUCGAUUUUCUGGAGGUGAUCAGGUGGGCG